AAAACAAGAUCGGUAAAGUAAAUUCCUUCUUAGUAUUCGUAAGAUGGCUUCCGCAUGAACAUCUGAAGUAGUAUACUUAAUGGUCAAGUGAGAGAUCGAUUCAGUACGUCCGUAGAAACGAGUGAGGGAACUUCUUUGCGCAUGUUUUACUGUAAUGGCUUUUCGCUGUCAAAAUAUGAUAUGGUCAUUCUUGUAUUGUAUCACAACGUGUCGUGUACUGGCUCAGUGAUUCGUUUAGGGAUUAACUCGUAAUUAACACGCGGGCUCGUAACAAUUCUUGAAUUAAAACCAAUCGAACAAGUGGAAAUAAAAAGUGUGCGUGUUGACAGUGCAAAACCUCCAAACAAUGGAUCAAUAUCUUGCGGUAGAGGGUAACAUGCGGAUACGACAGAAAAUCAUCGUAACUUUAUUGUAACGCUUACCGUGUACACGCAAAUUGUGUUCGAAAGCUCAAAAAGCGAUAGAACUAUGUUCCGAUCAAUUCACCAGCGCAUAUUAAAUCCUACACAUAAUGGCACAUCCUACACAUAAAAAGUCACUCAAGUUCAAGUAGUUACGUCAACCGGUGUCAUUCGUUACUUCACAAUGCUUGCUUUCAAGAGAUAUUCUACAUAAUUACUAAGGUGAGAAUCGACGCCAACAUGGACAAAGCGGACAAUCAACUGAAAACCUGGAAAAAGAAAAGCAUGAAGACGUGCAGUUUGACGGAAGUGGUGACCCAAUGCGUCCAGGUGGUGGUGCGAUGUAGGCCGAUAGACGAGAAGGAGGUGUCCCGUGGCUACACGCGUGUGGUCGACGUAUUUCCAUCGCGGGGAGUGGUCGAGAUUCGUCAUCCUCGGGAUGAUCCGUCGAGCGAUAACGUGAAAGUCUUCACGUUCGAUGCAGUUUACGACUGGAAUUCCAGUCAGCAAGACUUGUACGAGGAGACGGUGAGGCCGUUGGUGUCCUCCGUUCUCGAUGGCUUCAACGGCACCAUUUUCGCAUACGGGCAAACCGGCACGGGGAAGACGUACACCAUGGAGGGUUUGAAGAACGACCACGAGAGGCGCGGCGUAAUCCCGCGGUCGUUCGAGCACAUAUUCAACCACAUAGGGAGAUCCGAGAACAUGCAGUACCUAGUGCGGGCCAGUUACCUCGAGAUCUAUCAGGAGGAGAUCCGAGAUCUCCUGCAUCCUGAUCAGUCCCUGCGUUUCGAGCUGAAAGAGAAACCGGACACAGGAGUGUUCGUCAAGGACUUGUCCACGUCUGUGUGUAAGAGUGCCGCGGAGAUUCAGCAGCUGAUGAACACCGGUAACCAGAACAGAACAAUCGGCGCAACGAAUAUGAACGAGCACAGUUCUCGGUCGCACGCGAUUUUCCUAAUCACCAUCGAGAUGGGAUCCAUCGGCGAUUCCGGCGGAAUCAGGGUCGGACGUCUGAACCUGGUAGAUCUCGCGGGUAGUGAAAGGCAGAGCAAAACUGGGUCUUGUGGAGAGAGACUGAAAGAGGCGAGCAAGAUUAAUCUGAGCUUAUCGGCACUGGGAAACGUGAUCUCGGCUUUGGUGGACGGGAAGACCACGCACGUCCCUUACAGGGAUUCGAAACUCACGCGAUUACUGCAGGAUUCUUUGGGUGGUAACUCUAAGACCAUCAUGGUCGCGAAUAUCGGGCCGGCCAGUUACAACUACGACGAAACCCUGACCACGUUGCGGUACGCAAACCGCGCUAAGAACAUCAAGAAUAAACCAAGAAUAAACGAGGAUCCAAAGGAUGCUCUGUUAAGACAAUACCAAGAAGAGAUUGGCCGUUUGAAAGAGAAGCUGGCGCAGAAGGGUACGGUACCGAGGCGGAAGAAGAAGUCGAAGAGGAAGAAAGGAGACGAGACCGCGGAGUCUGAGUCUGAGACCGAAGAUAGUCGUGGCGAAGACAACAACAAAGUGGAAACAGACAAGAAACUUAUAGCGGAACAAUUAAAAGCCGAGAAGCAAGAGACGGAGAAUCUUAUACUGAGAAUAAGAGAUCUUGAAAGUAAGAUGCUAUGCGGUGGAAAGAACAUCAUCGACCACACGAACGAGCAACAAAGAGCUUUGGAACAGAAAGCGGCCGAGAUUGCCGAGCGCAAGAAACGGGAGGUUGAAAUGCAGCAGAAGCUCGAAGACGAGGAGCUCACGAUGCUGGGUGUGAAGGAGACGUACACGAACCUGCAACAGGAAGUGGACGUGAAGUCAAGAAAGCUUAGGAAAUGUUUCACCAAGUUGCAGGUCUUGAAACAAGAGCUGGAGGAUGUUACUAAUGACUUUAACAGAGAUAGAAGAGAUCUGGAGCAAACGCAGCACGAGUUGAUGAAGGAGUUGAAGCUGAAGUACCUCAUAAUAGAGAACUUCAUUCCCGAAGAGGAGAAGAACAAGAUCCUGUCGAGGAUCCACCUGGACGAAGAGGAGGACUGCUGGGUAGUCAAGGACCCAGAACCAUCCAGCAUAGAGUUCAUAAGGAGACCCACAUCGGUCGCCGGUGCGCGCAGACCCGUUUCCGAAUACGCGCGAAUCGCCCUGGCCAUGGGCAAGGGUUGUCGCUACGCGGGUGAAAAUAUAUUGAACUUAGAUCUGGAUAUGCCAGCCAGAACGACGCUGGACUAUCAAGGACCCGCCAUUGCGCCUACUAUUCAAGCUGUUCUCGAAGAGGCCUUACGCGACGAGGGAGACAUAGACGUGGACGCGUCGAACGCGAGACUCAGGUCAAAACCACGAUUACAAUCCGCGAAAAUACGACCUAAGAGCGUGGGGAAGAUCCCACAGAUUCCAGCGCCCGUUUAUCCGAAGACAAGAGGUCUUGUGCCGAAGUAGGAAAUUCGAAUACGUUUUGCUAUGCGUCUGUAAAGAACCGUGUAAAUACUGUACGAACUGCGUUGUCUUUGUCAGCUUUAUUCGAUUAAUUUAUAUAUAAUUCGUUGUGAUACGCCACAUGGUCGUUGGUGUAACUAAGUAGGGGCCUGGGUGGGUAGACCCACCAAAAAUUAUUGGAAGUACAGUAUUCCACGGUAGGUUUCUUUAGGGAUAAUGGUGAUGCUGGGGAAAAGGCCAUUUCACUGUAACAUUCCAGAGGUAUGCAUUAGUUUGAGCGAGAGGAAGGAGGGGUAAUUAGGAAGUCUAGGAAUCUGAAGAAUUGAGAAUUCAGAGAUUUGGGACUUUUGGAAAUUUAGAAAUUAAGAAUUUUUAAAUUUCUAAAUUUCUGAUCCCUCCAAUCCUUAUGUCGCCAUUUUCCUUAAAGAGGACCACAGCUAUUCCCUAGGUCUUUGUCCUCGACGUCGCCAUUUUCUCUAUGCAAGGCCCCUCCUUACACAAAAUUUUAGUUACACCAAUGCACAUGGUAUUAUGUGCAUCGAAAUAGCCGAGAUCUUGAUAAUUCUCUCUAGUCAGUGUGCACCAUGCAGUCACGUGGUAUUAAUGUGUCGAUUAUUUCAUUAUUGCAUUAAUAAAACACGAAAUAAAACGUCCUAUGAACUUA